ACACUUUUUAACUCCACCAAGUUUUCGCUCGAACGGCUGUUUUCUUCCAAGAUGGACUCCGAGUACCUGGACGAUUAUUACGAUAACGGCAGCUACUGCGACUACUCCGAAUGGAAGCCGUCCUACACCAUCAUCCCAGUGCUCUACAUGCUGGUUUUUAUUCUGGGAUUUUCUGGUAACGGCGUGGUCAUUUUCACCGUCUGGAAGUCGAAGUCCAAGAGGAGGGCGGCGGACACUUAUAUCGGUAACCUGGCCCUGGCUGACCUGGCCUUUGUGGCCACUUUGCCCCUGUGGGCAGUCUACACGGCUCUCGGCUAUCACUGGCCCUUUGGCAACGCCUUGUGCAAGAUCAGCAGCUACUUGGUGCUGGUCAACAUGUAUGCCAGUGUCUUCUGCCUGACCUGCCUCAGUUUUGACCGCUAUCUCGCCAUCGUCCAUUCGCUGUCCAGCACCCGCCUGCGCUCGCGGGGCACCAUGCUGGCUUCCCUUGCCAUCAUUUGGAUCCUAGCCGGGACCCUGGCACUGCCCACUCUUCUCUUCAGGACGACCGUGAUGGGUGAGAACAACAAGACCACUUGUGGAUUGGACUUCACCAUGGUGACCACAGAUGAGCAAAAAGAGAGCUUGUGGAUUGCCGGCCUCAGCCUGUCGUCCUCCAUGCUGGGUUUCCUCCUGCCUUUCCUCCUCACCACGGGCUUUUACUGCUUCAUCGGCAGCACCGUCACCCGACAUUUCCAGAACCUGCGCAAAGAAGACCAGAAGAAGCGCAGGCUGCUCAAGAUCAUCACCACUCUCGUGGUGGUCUUUGCCUUCUGUUGGACCCCGUUCCACGUUUUUAAGACUGUCGAUGCCCUCUCGUAUCUUCAACUGAUGCCCGAGUCCUGCAGCUUCUUACGCUUCAUCCUUCUGGCGCACCCCUAUGCCACCUGCCUGGCGUACAUCAACAGCUGCCUCAACCCUUUCCUGUACGCCUUCUUCGACCUGCGCUUUCGCUCGCAGUGCCUGUGUCUCCUGAACCUGAAGAAGGCCGUGCACGGACAGAUCAGCUCUCUUUCGUCCACCAUGAGUGCGCAGACGCAGAAGUCCGAGGUGCAGUCGCUGGCGACCAAGGUGUAGCGAGCGGACGCGGACUGCGCGGUCAGGUGAGCGGGGUGGAGUCGAGGAGGCGCGGGCGCGGGGCGAGUGCUGGCGCGCCUGUUCAAAGGCAGCUUCGGAAGCGACAGACGCUCUUCGGGGGACGGACGUGUUCAAGAGGGACAGCCGGCUGCCCCUGCCAUUACUAAGACUUUACAAAGAAUUGAUUAAAUACAAAAGGCAUCAGGAAAAAUCAAUCCGUCCACACUGUCGGCGAUUUGUCGAAAUGUGCAAUUCUUGUUUCUCUGGAGGAUCGACACGGGAGAACUAACAAUGCCCUUCCCUUGCCAUUGUGUGUUGUCUUUUAGCACUUGUUUAAAAAGAAAGAUUUUUAAUAGACUGUAGAAAAUACUAAUUUGUAAACACACUUAAGUUGGGGGAAGACGGGGUGACACAUUUGGUUCAACGUGGGCACUGCUGUUUGGCACAGGUGGGCGCGUAAGGUGUUAACCGGGUUUAGAGACAAUGUGGCUUGUGUCACUGCUUUACUGAGGUAGGGGGGCGUUCACAUGAAAAGUGACCCAGUUUUAGUCGCAAGUGUGUAUACUGACAAAUCUAAAUGUUUAAAUAUUGACUGUCGAAUGUCUUUGGCACUCUUUGAUAAAGAAACUUUUUAUGCCACCUUUGGCUUGUAGUGCACAACGAAUGUCUGAUGUUUUAUCACACGGCUGUGUAACACGUGAAGGUUGGGGGUAUAUGAAAAGUGUGUGUGUGUUUAAACCAUACAGUACAAGAACUUUCACGUGAAUAUUCAAUAAACCCUUAAGACAAUUCA